AUGGCCGAAGGCGACCCACAUCUCAAACGCCAGCGAUCCAUCUCAGUCUCACCUGACGACGUCGACCCCGAACGCCCCAACAAGAAGCAAGCACUAUCCACAUCCUCCGCCUCUCCAGACAGGCUCUCAGCAUCCUCAUCAUCCAGCCGCAUGGAGAGUCUCUCAGAAGAGAGACCCGACUUGAGCAGCGAAGUGCUCGAUGCUCUAGAGGCAGAACUGAGUUGUGCAUGUUGCGCGGGGUUGCUGCAUAGGCCCGCUCUACUCCAGCCUUGCAAUCACGCAUUCUGUGCCUCCUGCGUCGUCUCCUGGGUCCGGAACGGAGGCACUGCCUGCCCCACCUGCCGCUCGCCUUCAGACAGCAUCCACUCAGCACGUUUCUUGCAGAACAUGAUCGACCUUCUCGUCCGUUUCCGGCCUGAAGCAGCGAGGAGCCUCAAGGAGAAGCAGGAAGCUGAUGUGAUCUGGCUCCCCGGACAGCUUCUACCUCUCCCCCCCGCACGCCCUCGCCAUCAAUCUCCGCCUCCAAUGCCACUCAACCUCGCCCGCCCUUGCCCCCAUUGUACUCGUAACAAUCACUUCGGCUACGUCUGCCCCAUUCCCAUCCCCGAUCCCGCCCAAGUCCCGCGUGAACAGGCCUGGGACCUCGAGUCCCACGGACCGCCUCAUGGGCACGGGUUUUGCAGUGGAUGUGACGAGCUAUAUGCGCUGGGUGCGCCGACGGGAAUGAGCUGCAGCUUCUGUAAGAGCAAGUACUGCGGAUAUUCGGUCGUGGCGACUUGUGUUCUGCCGAAGGUCACCAGACCACAGAUGCCAAGACAUAUGGACACAGUUGCGAAGCUCCUCGAAUGUGAUGAGCUAUACGAGGCUUUCUGUCAUAACUCAAUCGAGGUAGAUCUACUUAUCGACUACCUGCAUUCCCGUCAGGGAGGAGUCAAUGGGGUGUUGCGGAAUAUCAUUGAAUGGGUGCGGUGCCAGCCUGGGGGGUUCAAUAUUUUGAACUUCCUCGCUAUGGAGGGCCCGAUCGGAGAUCAGUCGCGUCACAAUGGGCAUGACGACGAUGACUCUGACCGCGAUAGCGAUUCUGAGGACGAGGACGGGGAGCCAGAGAUUGAACCUAUCCCUAAUGAGCAUCCUGCUCCUCCAUCGGAUGACGAUCUUCAUCAGCCUCCCGCGCCUGCAAUGGCCACUAAUGCAAACGAUAUGAGCAUUCCUCCUAUUGAUUCGGUGUUGCCGCCGCAGAAUCCCGAAAUUGCCCAUGUGGAAGGCCCCGGCUCAGACAUGGAGGUGGAUCCUCCAACAGGUGUCCUGAUACAGCCUCCUCCUGCGAGUGAUGUGCCUGCCCCUAUGCCGCCGCAGGCUGAAAUGCCGCCCCAACCUCCUGUCUAUUUCACGAGGAUCUGCAGAGACUGCUCGGAGCAAGUGUUUAUCUGGGGUAUCUACGACUGGUGGGUACGGGAACGCUCGCUUGUCGAAGCUGCGAUACCCGCUACUGUGAGAGCCAAGAAGGACUGUGUGAACGGACGGAGGUGUGACCAUCAAGGGAGUGCUUCGCAUUCAAGAGAGUUCAACCACAUCUGCGAUCCAGCCCCACCAUCUUCCAAUCCCGAGCAUGCGCUGCCGCCGGUACCUGACGCAGAGGAUCCUCUUCCUCUUCCUAUUGAGGCUCUACCGCCCCCCGUUCAUUUCCCGCCGAUGCCAUCCUCCGACCCCGCCGAGCAGCUCAUCGAAGACAUGCUGCUCCAUCCCAAUGCCCCUUCGCUUGCCCUUCCCAUUCUGCAGGCUCAGGGUGAUAUCAACAUGGACGAUGAGGCUGAAGUCGAGCGCCAGAUGGAGCAAUACCUUAACCUGGAGAUUGGAGUCACCGCGGCCGUCUAGAUUGGAAGGACCUCGCAUUCGGUUUCUGCAUGUUUCGCUCGCACUCAUUAGUGGUUCUCUCAGCAUUAUUCAGACGGCUCUAGGCCGUCUGACGACUUUCUCU